AUGAUGAAGAUGGUUGGAUCAGUUCGAAUGACAUUGAGAACAUUUUAUUAUGUUCAGUUAUUCGAUUAGCAUCGAAUAAGGAUGGACGGCUGAGCAGUGAAAAAGUUACAUUUGAGACGCGCCGGACCAAAAACGACUUGCGCGUUGGGAAGCUUCAAGACGGUUUUUUGUAGUCGUGCUUCUAACCGAAACGCUAUGAGCCAUUUCAAAAGCGACUCGUCUUUGAAUUUAAAAACAUUGAGAAAGCAAGAAAUUUCUAUAAAAACACCUAGCAACCGGUUAUUUAUUGUUUCGUUCUCGAAAAUUCUCAAUCAUGUACGUUGCUCGAGGCAGAGGGUAUUCCGUGUAAAAUCUUCACUCGAAGUGGUCGCUCUCAUUCUGAGGCUUCCAGCUUGAGCACGGUCUCCGGGCUCCAGCUACACCAUCCACUACAUUCUGAGCUCGUCAAGGCGAAACUGGAUGGACUACGCGCAGAAGAACGGGGCAAAGAAGCGUAAGACCAUGCUUUCAACUCUUUCGACUACACGUUCGGACUUCUAGUUCGCCAAAGGCGGUUGUUCGUUAUAGCUUUCGAAGUUCUUGUUCACCGCCUAGUCGAUUACAUCAGACUAGAACAACAAAAUAAAUGAUUUGAUUCGAUUUUAUUUGGUUUUUUACUGUGUUUUGAAGCUUCAUUUGACAAGAAAUUUUCAAAAUGCGACGGCUCUUAAUAACGUAAAGAAGGGAGCAAAAAGAACAUUUUAAUUAUUCGUUCAAAAAUUACGUAGUAUGAAAAAACACCAACGAGCAUAUUUAAAGAUGCUAAAAAGGGAAUGUGAACAUAGUUCCCUCACACUUUUUGAAAUAUCUUGGAAAGUCGUAUACCUGCGAGAACCAAAAGAAAACCUUGAUCUAAUCUAUCGACGUGUUCCCCUAGGUUAAGUUGUAAAAUGACGUGAAGCCCGUCGACAUUUCUAAAGCUGCACUGCGGUGCGAAACGAUGUCUACGAAAAUCAAGCAACUUACACCGGGAAAGGUCCCUUCUUUUCAUUUUUCGACCCAUUUAAAAUCUUCAGUAAAAUACGGGGUCUACUUUUUUCCUUCCGAGUCUUAAUGAAUUCAAAUCGAGAUCACUUGUUUCAGGACAACAAACAAUUUUUACGCUUAUCAAUCACCUCAUUUUCCAAAAUUUCUGUGAACAAAUCUCUCCUAAUCUGAUUAUUUACUGCAUUUUCUCUUUGAAAAAAAGGGAGCUUUUAGACGGUAGCCGGCCGGUGGACGAUCCAGAAGCUUUUGGGAAAAGGUUCAUGUGGCGUCGUUUUCCAGGUCGUCGACUCGAAACGAAAAGGAUACUGUGCUGCGAUGAAGGUUGAAAAAUCAAUAACUAGUGAAACUAAAGUUCUGAAUACAUCAAUUGAGAAACAAUUCUAAUGAAAUAUAACCUUGUCAAAAUUAAAAAAGUUCAUUCCUCUACAAGAAAAAAAAUGCGAUCAGGACAAAAAAGUGGGAAAAAAUAAUCGCGACUGGCGAUCACUUAUGAAUAUUUAAUCGAUAUUCGAAUUUGCUGCUCUGUCAGUUUUGAAACUUUCAAUACUUUCGAAACGGGUCAGGAUGCCCAAAAAUGUACGAAAUAAACACUUUGAUAGUCUCAACUUUCCCAAUCUCCUAGUUUUCGAGAAGUAAGGAACUGAAUCCUCAAAAUCGCCCACUCUAUUCCUUUUUGAUGCCUUUUUCCGAAAUUAAGAGUCCAAAAUAAGGAUUUCUGUAAGUUGAGACUUCUAAAUUUUUAUUUUUGUACAUCUAUACAAAUCCUGGCCAAUUUUCAGAAAAUCCCCAAACGCGAAAUUAAAUUUUUUUCAGCACCCUAAAUUGUGUAGAGGGACUCAAAAAAUCAAUUUUAUCUUAAAAUGAUCAUUCCAGGUCGAAUACUUGAGUCCCGAAUACGAUCCGACGCUGAAACUCGAAGUCGGGGUCUUGAAGAAGCUGAACGGAUCUCGUGACGUCAUGAAACUGAUUGACUUCGGGAAAAGAUCAAAUUAUGCGUAGGUGGACGUUCUGAAGAGAGAGAAGAGUGUUGGACUUGUGGAGGUACAUGGUGACGACGCUGUUCGGAAUGGACUUGAUCUCCUUGAGAACGAAGAUCAAACGCGGGUUUAAUGACGCCUCCGUCCUGAGGGUCGCCGUGUUUGUUCUCUCGGCCAUCAAACAGGUGCAAAAUUUAACCUGUAGUGUGUCUAUUUUCAGAGGCUCACGUUUCAAAAGCACAGUAGGGGGAAAAGCUACCGUAAAUAGAACUUUUUUUGCAAGAUUACUCUAAAAACUGCUUAAAAAACAGCAAAGAACAAAUUUUUUGAAGCAAAAUGAAAAGAAAUUUUAUCUAGUUUGGCAUAGAUUCCGUGUAUUUUCUUCAUUCCGUGUAUUUUCUUCAUUCCGUGUAUUUUCUUCAUUCCGUGUAUUUUCUUCAUUCCGUGUAUUUUCUUCACUCGAAGUGGUAGCUUUCUCAAUCGGCCGAGGCUACCCUAGAGUGUACACGGAGUCCGUGCCCGAGCCCCACCAUCAUCGCCGUGCCCGUACCCGCGAAACUGAGGGAUCUACUUGUGGAAGAACGAGGCGAAGGACCGUAAGACCAUGAUUUCAAUCCAAUCGACUACACGUUUUGACUUCUUUUUCGCCAAAGGCGGUGUUAGUGCCGCUCAAAAGAGCAAUUUUUUCACCGCCUAGUCGAUUUCAUCUGACUAAAAAGGAGAAAAAAUAAAUAAGCUGGAAUGGGCUAUAAAAACUCUUGGGCUGUUAUAAAUAAGCGUUGUUAUUAGUUAAUGAUCACUAUAGCGUUUUAUAUAGUCUGUGCGCUACGACUUGGAAUUUCACGAAACGACAUUCCGCUGUGCCGCUGCGUGCCUUUGCGAUCCUUGGUCGCGCUUUUACUUUUUUUUUUUUUUCAUCAAUGUACUCUACUUUCAUGUCUCAUAGCAAUAAACAUCAAUUGAAAGCGUGCCCUAGAUUCGAAAGACGCUUCGCGAACGCACGCAGCGGAACAGCGGAAUGUCGUUCGGCGAAAUUUCAAGUCGUGGUACACAGACUAUAACAACGAAAUGUCUCAAAAUUAUCUUCCAUUUGCAUCUAUGACUUGUCCCCAACUUCCAUCUGAGAAUGAAUGUCCGAGCUUUCGAAUGGAAUACAACUAGAUGAACCCAACUCUCUAACAAUAAUGUUUUCUGGGGUUGAAGCUCCACGAAGUCGGCUAUGUUCACCGUGACAUAAAACCUGGAAACGUCAUGACGGCUGGAGCGACCGGCCGCGACUCCCGAACCUUUUGCGUCAUCGAUUUCGGUUCAUUCUAUUUUAUAUUCUGCCAUCUUAUCUGAACUUGACAAUUUUCGUGGUCUAAAAACAUAUUUAAAAGAAUUUUUCAAGCGCCAACUUUCAUUGAUCCAAGCGUAAUGACUUUUUUUUCCUUUUUCCUCUGACUGAAAAUUUCAAAAAGCAUAUAACUAGGGAACCUUCUUUUUACAGGAGAUAAGCAAGAGAAGAAAAUUCUCUUUUUCUCUGGCCUCUCUUUGCGACUUUGUUUUUAUCUUUCCUCAACUUAACAGAGACCGACUUUUUCAGUCAUUUUCUUUUUUAUGUUAAAAAUAAAUGGUAGAACGAUCACUAGAAAAAAAUCACAAAUAUCCUGUUUUUGCCGAUUUUCGAAUUAUCAUUCCAAGGAAUGGCUCGAGCCUACGUUGUCGAAAGCAAAGGCAAACGGAAACUCCGACCAAGAAGGGCGUCAAUUUUGCUCCGUGGCACAGUACGGUACUGUUCGCUGAGUGUUCAUGCCAGGAACGAGCAGGUGCGAAGGUCCAAGUGGACCUCUUUCUGAGAUCCCUGUUUCAGAGUAGAGCAGAUGACCUCGUGGCGAUGAUGUAUAUGCUGGUGGAGAUCACGUUAGGAGUUCCUUGGCGAGACGCCAAAGAUGAGCAGAUCGUCAUCAAAAUGAAGAAGGAAACGUCGAUUGACGAACUGUUCGCGGCCCGUUUUUUUUUUCUUUUUUUGUUGGAAAGGAAAAUUAUUAAUGAACAGAAAGCUAAGGAAAGAAAGUUGAAGUUCUCGAACAGGGAAACUUUUCCUAAGGUUGAUUCGUUUUGCAGAAAAAUUUUGAGCUGAAACCGAAAUCGCAUAAAUUCGUGUCCCCAAAAAUUAUCAAAAAAAAAUCAUAAUACCUUUGAUCAUAUUUUUUGAAAAUUUCGACGCUCGUGGCCCUGAAAAUCUCUGACUGCAAGCAUUAUUAACUUAGCAGUAUUUAUAUUUUCUCGAUUUUCAGGAUCUACCGGAGGAGUUGAAGACAAUUUAUAACUACUUGCAAUCGCUUCGAUAUCAAGACAGACCAGAUUAUUUCAAAGUUUAUGACUUGGUCAGUCUUUUUUUCUACUGGGUUGUUCAUUGCACUCUAAAUUUUUAGAUUUUUCCGAAUAUUUUUUCAAAAAAUCUUUUGAUUUUUCAAAGUUUGAAACUUUAAAGGUCAUUUUUAGACGUCUUGUGGAAAAAACGAGGCUUUGAUGCUGUUUUUCUAGAAAUAAGGGGCUCUUAAAAUGGUAAUUGGUAGGGUAUUCAUCUGAUACUUCAAGGCCAAAUUUCAAAAUUCCGAAGAUCGAAAAUGACGAACUUCUGCCGUUACAGUUGAUGCAGGCCAUGAAACGACUACAGAUCAAUUUUCUCGACCCGUACGAGUGGGAAGACGCCGAAAUGGAGCGGGACUCGAACGAGUCGGGCAAUCCGGAGGAGAAGAACUUGCCGGUCGAGACGCCGUUGACGUCUCCAGUCACGAUUUCUCCUUUGGUGACGCCUUCUACGCCUUCUGCGCCGUCGUCCGCCCCGAAGCCCGCCGAAAUCGGGCCGCCCGUCGAGGAAAUCAACACGGCCGUCGACUACGACCCCAAGGAGUUGCAGACCAAAAAACCGUUAUCAAGUUAGUUUUCUGUUUCAAAAAUGGUUGCUGUGAUGUUUGGAAAGGUAUAGGCGGGUUUGAAGAAGGUCUUUCAGCGAAGAGCCCUUUUUAUUGUUCUUUCAAAACAAAAUAUAACAGAAACUCUAAAAAUGGCUGCGCGAUGGCUUCAGUUGUGAAGAAAAAUCAAGUCAAGUUUGAAAAAAUCUUCAAUUAUUUUUUAUAUCCAUUUCAAAGGACUUUUCCAGGAGAAGAACUACAAUUCCUCUACUUUCCUGAAUUGCGCGAGAAAAAAUUCCGUGAGGUGCUUUUAGAAAUCUGA